GCAAGCGGAAAGGAGAGAGGCCGGAGGUAACGUCACCGCACUACCGCGCCAGCGAAAGAGUGCGGUGAGGACACCGGAGUAAGCUGGAUCCCAUCACCGUCGGCUGCAGAGAUGCUAUAAAUAAUCUCCCGUCACCGGCUCACCCGGAGCCGCAGCGGCAUCUCCUCGGAGCCUCUGAGCGAGGCCGCCGAGAGAGCGAGAGCGGGCGAGGGCGAGAGAGCGAGAGAGAGAGCCAUGUCGGACUUGGAUCGGCAAAUAGAACAGCUGAAGCGAUGCGAGCCGCUCAAAGAGUCGGAGGUGAAGGCGCUAUGCCUAAAGGCCAUGGAGAUCCUUGUCGAGGAGAGCAACGUCCAGAGGGUCGACGCCCCCGUCACCAUAUGUGGAGACAUUCAUGGACAGUUUUAUGAUAUGAAAGAAUUAUUCAAAGUUGGGGGCGACUGUCCAAAGACUAAUUACUUGUUUCUAGGGGAUUUUGUUGACCGAGGGUUUUAUUCUGUCGAAACAUUUCUGCUUUUGCUAGCGUUGAAGGUUAGGUAUCCAGACCGUAUAACUCUCAUCCGAGGAAAUCAUGAGAGCCGGCAGAUCACACAGGUUUAUGGAUUCUAUGAUGAGUGUCUCCGCAAAUAUGGGUCAGUAAAUGUAUGGAGAUAUUGCACAGAAAUAUUUGACUUCUUAAGUCUAUCAGCACUCAUCGAGAACAAAAUUUUUAGUGUCCAUGGGGGGCUAUCUCCUGCCAUUUCGACAUUAGAUCAGAUUAGAACAAUAGACCGGAAGCAGGAAGUGCCUCAUGAUGGGGCUAUGUGUGAUCUUCUGUGGUCAGAUCCAGAAGAUGUUGUUGAUGGUUGGGGUUUGAGUCCUCGGGGUGCUGGCUUCCUGUUUGGUGGAAAUGUGGUUACAUCCUUUAACCACACAAACAAUAUUGAUUACAUAUGUCGGGCACAUCAACUAGUGAUGGAAGGAUAUAAAUGGAUGUUUAAUAAGCAGAUUGUAACAGUCUGGUCUGCUCCAAAUUACUGUUACAGAUGUGGUAAUGUGGCGGCCAUCCUUGAGCUGGAUGAGAACCUGGACAGCCAGUUUCGUGUGUUUGACGCCGCACCACAUGAAGCAAGAGGAGUUCCUUCUAAGAAACCAGCCCCUGAUUACUUCCUCUGAUAUCAAGCUUAUGUCCUCACCACCCUGUUUCAGUUGGUGGUACACAAGUUUGUCAGAUUCUAAUUGCUGCAGUGAGCUCUUACAAACUGUACUGUUGCAUGGAAGACUUAAGAGUCCAACUAUCCAUAGUUGAGAGGUGCUCUCGGAAUGUAAAUUGUUUUGAACUGGUUGGUUUUCCAGUGUGUUUUGCCUUGUGUACGAAUAUGAAUCCUGUUUGGUUAGAAGAAUAUACACUAAUGGCUCCUGGUUUUCCAUCCUUUUCUACAUUGUGGUGGAAAGGCAGCAAGUGUAUUGGAGGUAGCCAUUCUGAAUUUCAACAAUCUAAAUGUUGUAGAGGUGUUUUUAUUUGUGUUGCAUCACUUGACAUAUAGGAAAGACAUUUCCAAAAGAGAUUAGAGAUCCAAA